GCGAGACGUUCCAAUGACCAUCCCAGGGACCCAGUGUUGAGGCGAGUGAUGGCCUCGCAAAAAUCAACUGCGUGGACCAAACUCGGGCAAACAGACGAUGAACCCGACGCCUCGGAUGUACUCAAAGAUGGUUACGACUACUUCUUCAUCGAAGGCGGAGGCGGAGGUCCCGAAUCCUUAUUGCGGGCCCUGGGAAUCGGCUCGCUGCCGAAUACGACUUAUUACGACAUAGAUAAUGGCUUAAUAUCGAACAAUACACUAUUAGCACAAAAUUUAUCGAUACAAAAUGGCAGUUUUAUCGCAGAAACACCAAAUGAUGGCAGCCAGCCGCUUGCCGAAGUUAUUGUGAUGACAGUCACUUCUGUCGUAUUAGGUCUUAUGAUAUUGAUCACUGUUAUUG